AUGUCAGAAGUCACAUUCGCUAAGUCGUUCCUCUCGGCGGUCGGCAGCCGCCCGCAGAAGCUCUCGCCCGACCAUGUGGAGGAUCCCAAGAACUACCCAGCUCGGCCACCCUACAUCCUGCCCAAGAUGCCCAAGCCCAUGAGCAAGCGUGUCCCCCUCGCCCCAGGCCAAGAGCGCUCCGUCACCGUGCACAUCAAAUCGCUGCGAAACCCCCCGCUGGAGAUCAAGCUCACCUCGCAGCCCCUCAACACGUCCAUCCUCGACGUCAAGACUGCCGUGGCGGAGCAGGCCGGCCUCCAGUUAGACAAGAUUAAGGUGCUGCAUAAGAAGAAGCCCGUCGCAGAUGCAAAAGUGCUCAAGGACCUGCUGAGCGAGGAGGAGACGAGUGUCGAGUUCUCCGUUAUGACGGAUGAGUUCUGGACGGAUCUGAGAGGCUUCCUGUCGCAGAGGAUACGGGACGAGAAGAUCACCGAAGAGUUGUUUGGGAAGUUCUUGUCAAGCUGGGAGUCACGAUAG